GUGCGAAGUGCACCUUCCCUGUCUCAUUCUCGCUCUUCUUAUAUCCCUCCUUCCCUCCUCCCUCCAUCCAUCCGCUCAUCAGUUCAGGGCUGCGACUCCAUCUUUUGUGGGAGUGCUAUGUUGCACGUGGGACAGGAUUUGUGCACGAUAAGGAGUAGGCGGGGAUCAUGCCGUGAAUGCGGAUAGGCAGGGGGAGAAGGGACACUAGGGGAAGGUCAAGUGCCUGGUCAGGCAGGCAGGAGAAAGUCGCCAUCGAAAUCGUGAGGGGCUGGACUAGCAGGAGAAGGACGAAAGUGGAGGUUGAGGAUGCGGGAUCAGGAGGAUGGGAGGGUCGGGAUUUGGUCGGUUGGGAUUGGAUGCGACGACACAGGAAGCAGGAGGGUUACCGCGAUAGGGUGAAGGAUGGAGGGUAAGUUUGCCGGCGUUAAGGACGUUGUGGAUGAGCAAGGGGAACAUGUAAGGAAAGGAGAGAGCAGGAUAAUGACGAAGGGCCUGAAUCACAGAAGGAUAUGUAGAUAUGCAGGUGAUGGACAGACAGCAACGAAGAGAAGGACAGAGAGCAACGAAAGACAGGGGAAGAGAGGAAAAGACAUACGAGAAAGACAGAGGAAGACAGAAAGGACAUACGAGAUCUGCAGGGGCCUCGUCGAGUAUUGGAGGCGCAGGAGCUCGAAGAAGAUCCCAACGGGGGAGACAGGCGUGUAGAAGGACGGGAAGAGAGAGGCGACAGACACAGGACAAGGAGAGAAAAGGAUGGGGAAAAGUGGAUUGGUGGGGGGAUGACCGGGAGGCGGGGUGGAGGGCACAAGCUGAAAAAGUCGAACAGGCGGAAGGGAGGCAACGGAGAAGGAAGAGAGGGAAAAAGGCCAGCGGUGACGAUUCAUACCGCUGCUGACAUUGAGUUUGUCGUGUGCUGAUAGUCACCAUGGCAGCCAGCUUGGGGGCGACAUGCUGCUUUGCUGAGGGCCGGAUUCCUGCAAGCAAUGGGGUAGGUAGCUUCGCAACGACGACCAGCUCCACGUUGGGCGCUGUGCAUCAGCGGAUUGUGUGCAGCCCAGGCCGUCGAUGGCAACGCUCGUCGCCAUCGUCAUCAUGUGGUCGAGGCCCCUCCUCCUCGUCGGGUCUUUUCAGCGACGACUCACCGCGUUGUGCGUGCCGAAUCAGCCUCGCGAUGUCAGCGGUUCUCGCAGCCAACUGGACCCCUACUGCACACAGGCGGCGAAGAAGAACAUGGACGGAAGUUAGCAGCGCUCGUAGCUUCAACUUCAACAAUUGCGAGCCACGUGUUGAUCGGAGAGCUGUGCCCGAGCUGCGAAAAUGCAUUUCUUUUGCGAAGCAGAAACAGUCGAUGCACCGAGAUCUAUCGCAGCUGGAACCGAAGAAGAGGAAUGGAGGGCAGUAUCAUCAACAACUGGCUAAGGAAAGGGGUGGAGUUGUGCUGAUAGCUGCCAAAAAAGAGGGUGAUGUGAGUGAAACAGACGGUGUGAAUGGAAGCGCAAAAGGAAGACACAUCGACAGAGGGACUGAGGAAGUCGAUGGAAGUGGCCGAUCAGGCGAUUCGACGGACGCAGAGGCAGAGGGUGGCGAAGCAGAAGCAGAACGUGUGACUGUGGCAAAGAAGGGAGAAGAGGAGCCGGAGCCUGAGGCAGCGCCAGGAAGUCUCUUGGGAAGCCUCACGGGAGGACUGAACGGGGUGCAGGCCGCAAUUUCAGGUAAAAUGGGUGUGCAGCGCAGAUCCCCGAAACUUGAUCUUAACAAGAUACGUCAAUGCUUCAGCUACACAACCUUCUUUGCGACCGGUGCAAGGCGGUAUGGAAGCGGAGGAAUGUUUCCUGGAAACCUCCGAGCGCCAAUAGAGGUCGCUGCACCAACUCUAGAGAAGAAGAUAUCGGAAGCAACAGAGUGUGAGGUCACUUUAUGGUUCAUGGUCGACGAGGCGACUGGUCGAGAGGUCUGUGUCGUUCAGCCCAAGGACGAGCUAGAACGCCGCCUGGCAGUGAUGCGAAUGGAUGGCAUUGCGCGCUGGCCUUUGUCCGUCCUUCUGUCGGUGGCAACCGUCUUCACAACUGCUUUCAUCAGCGGAGUGACUGUGGGGCCAGAUGCGUCAGCGGAGGAUGUCCUCUCCAGAGCUCUGCCUCUUGCAAUUGGUCUGGGAACAGUCCUGAUGAUAGGCGAGAUUUGGCAGAGAAUUGUUGCAUCGAGGUAUGGCGUGAAGUUGGGCCCACCAUAUCCAAUACCCUCGGGAUGGCUAGGCUCUCUGGGAAUAGCGACAAAGAUCGAGUCCCUGUUACCCAGCAGGACUGCGCUGUUUGACAUCGGCGCUGCAAGGGCCGUUGGCUGCUGGGUCGGAUCCUUCUUCCUGGCUGUUAUUGCAUUUACCGCGGAUGGAGGCGUAAAUGGAGGAAGCCACCCACUGUAUGUGGAGCCAUCCUUCUUUCAGCCAAAUGUGCUCCUCUCCUUCAUUCAGUACGUGAUUGGACCUUACUACGACGAGCUGGGCAAUGUUCUGCCACAUGCGGUGCCGGGUGUUGGGGUGCCAGUGAACCCUCUGGCCUUUGCUGGCCUCCUUGGGCUAGUCAUCACGUCGCUCAACCUCCUGCCUGCGGGGGAGCUAGAGGGCGGACGCAUUGCGCAGGCCUUAUUUGGUCGCCGAAGGGCGGGGGUGGCGACGAUCGUUACCACGACGCUGUUGGGUUUGGGUGGCCUUGGAGGAAGUGUGCUUUGUCUUGCAUGGGGUUUCAUUCUACUCUUCCUACGAAAUGGCCAGGAACUCCCUGCCCUUGACGAAGUCACCCCGGUUGGACGGUCGAGAUACAUUCUUGGGUGGAUUCUUCUGGGAACGUGUUUGCUCAUGCUGCUGCCAAACAGUGCCGGCACUUUCCCCAGUACUUUCUUCACACCACCCGCUUUCCUCCCAAAAGAUGUUUUGUGAUGCUGCUUUCUACUACGUUCCCUGUAUUUAUAGCUGUUUCUCCCAAAGUAAUUUCUUCAGCUGCAUUAUCCAGUUAGCCGACAAG